AUGGCAUCAAAGUCAGGAGUUUUCAUUGUUGGCGCUAAACGAACAGCAUUUGGGACAUUCGGCGGAAAAUUAAAGAAUACCUCAGCUACAGAUCUUGGAGUUAUUGCUAGUGUUGCUGCACUAAAGCAUGCUAAUGUUAAAGCUGAUGACAUCGACCACGUUAUCUUCGGAAAUGUCGUUCCAAGUGCCAAAGAUGGAAUCUAUCUUUCUCGCCAUAUUGGUCUAAGAAGUGGAGUUCCACAGAACAUUGGAGCUCUUACAGUGAAUCGACUCUGUGGUUCUGGAUUCCAAGCUCUUGUCAACGCUGCUCAGCAAAUCAAGCUCGGCGAAUCGAAGAUCGUCAUUGCCGGAGGUACUGAGAACAUGACUCAAGUCCCAUUCGCAGUUAGAAAUAUCCGAUUUGGGACAGCUCUUGGUAUGAAGUAUGAGUUCGAAGACAUGCUAUGGGAGUCUUUGAGCGAUAGCUAUGCGAAAAUGGCUAUGGGUCAAACAGCAGAGAAACUUGGACAACAGUAUAAGGUAACACGAAAAGAAGCGGAUGAAUUCGCUUUGCGAUCACAGCAAUUGUGGAAAAAAGCUCAAGAUGCAGGAUACUACAAAGCAGAGAUUACACCAAUGACAGUUAAGGGCAAAAAGGGCGAGGAGACAUUUGAGGUUGAUGAGCAUCCGCGACCUUCUACAACUAUGGAAACACUGGCAAAAUUGAAACCUGUUUUCCAGAAGGAUGGCCUGAUCAACGCUGGAAAUGCGUCGGGUAUCUCGGACGGUGCAGCUGCCAUGGUUGUUGCUGGGGAAGAAUCUGUAGAAAAACAUGGAUUGAAACCUCUCGUACGAGUUGUCGCCUAUGCUGCCGUAGGUUGUGAUCCCACAAUUAUGGGUAUUGGUCCUGCUCCAGCUAUUCGCCAGGUUCUUGGCCAAACUGGUAUGAAGAUGGACGAUAUCGAUAUCUUUGAGAGGUAG